AUGAAAAGCAGAGAUUAAGGCUUAAGCUGAAGCUAUUUCUUUUUCACUUGCUGGAACCUUCAUUUGCUGCUUUAGCUUUUUAUCGAAGAGUUUCAUUUUUUCUUUGAUUUGUUUGUGUAGAGAAAACAUAGAAAAGAUUUAAAAGAACCAAAAAAAAAAAAAAGAGGAUAAAAAUCAGAUCAGAUCUUUCAAAAACAUUUUUUUUUACUUAAUUUUUAAUAUCGCUACCAGCAUUUUUUUCCAGAAAUUCCUCCACAUUUUCCCACAAAGUCUUCUUUUACUUUUAUGGUGUGUGUUUAUUUUCUUGCGUUCUCUCUCCUAUUUUCGAGAGAUUCGGUGCGGUUGUGGUUUGAUUGAUAGAUUCCCACCUUCGCUCUCUGGAGUAUUUUAUCUGUGGGUGCGUUUUCUCUUUCUCUCUUGCUUCUUAAUGGUGGAAAUGGAGGAUUGUGGAGAUCCGUACAAUUGAUAUGGUAAAUAAUCAAGCAUUGUAUUUGUGAGAGUUUUUGAAUGCGUUGCGGGCGUCUUCUUCUUUUAAUAGCUUUAACUGCGCUUUUACUCUCAUUUCUUAACGAUCAUGAUGGGUUUUUUACAUUCUAUUCAACAGUACUAAUAGCUUUAAAAGAUCAAAGCCUUUUCCUUUUGAGUUGCCAGAGAUGUCAGGGGUGGAAGAAAUUGGGGCAAAUGAUGAAAGCAGAGAUAGAAGGUCUGAUUUUGAUAACUCUGAGGAUGAGAGAAGGAGAUCCAAAAUUGGGAAUCUGAAAAAGAAGGCCAUAAAUGCGUCCAACAAGUUCACUCAUUCUCUUAAGAAAAGAGGGAAAAAGAAAAUCGAUUACAGGGCCCCUUCUGUAUCCAUUGAGGAUGUCAGGGAUGCAAAAGAGGAGGGUGCUGUUCAUGAAUUGCGUCAAAAGCUUCUUCAUAAGGAUUUGUUACCUCCUAGACAUGAUGAUUAUCACACUUUGUUGAGAUUCUUGAAAGCUAGAGAGUUUAACAUUGAAAAAACAAUCCAGAUGUGGGAAGAAAUGCUUAAAUGGAGGCAAGAGUUUGGAACAGAUACCAUUUUGGAGGAUUUCGACUUUGAAGAGCUAGAAGAAGUAUUGCAAUACUAUCCCCAAGGGUACCAUGGAGUUGACAAGGAAGGGAGACCUGUUUAUAUUGAGCGGUUAGGAAAAGCCCAUCCAAGUAGGCUUAUGAAAAUCACCACCAUAGACCGAUAUUUGAAGUACCAUGUCCAAGAGUUCGAGAGAGCUCUAUCAGAGAAAUUCCCUGCUUGUUCAAUUGCUGCAAAGCGACAAAUCUGUUCAACAACUACUAUAUUGGAUGUACAAGGACUGGGAAUGAAGAACUUUAGCAGGACUGCUGCAAAUCUUUUGGCUGCCAUGACUAAAAUAGACAACAGUUAUUACCCUGAGACAUUACACAGAAUGUACAUAGUCAAUGCUGGUCCUGGAUUCAAAAAGAUGCUUUGGCCUGCUGCUCAGAAGUUCCUCGAUGCAAAGACAAUCGGGAAGAUAAAUGUUUUGGAGCCCAAAUCUCUUGGUGGGCUACUGGAGAUCAUUGAUUCUAGUCAGUUGCCAGAUUUCUUAGGAGGGUCAUGCACUUGCUCUACAGAAGGAGGGUGUCUUAGAUCCAACAAAGGUCCAUGGAAUGAUCCAGAGAUAAUGAAGCUUGUACAUAAUGCAGAGAGAACAUUUGUUAGGCAAAUUACAAGAGUAUCAAAUGACCAGCAUAACUAUGAAUCUUAUGUUCAGAUACGGCCACUAAAGGGAAUGACUAGUGACACAUCAGCAGCAGAGUCAGAGAUCGAUGACCCGUGUUCUCCAACUGAACGGAGGAGCUCUGCAUUUCCUUGUUUGGCACCAGUUCACGAAGACGUGAGGGUGUCAGAUCCUAAUGCUUAUUAUAGUUGCAAUGAUGGUUUCCCUAUGAUUGAAAAAACUAUAAAAAGUGACCAAGGACUGCUAUAUUCACUAGAUCAGUUGCCUAGUUGUAGUAAUGCAGAUAGCCAAUCUCAUCGAAGAGCAUCUUUUUAUUCCGAAGGAAUUCCAAUCACCAGUUGGAUAGACAACGUCAAAGAAAAGUUUGGGAGAAGGAAUAUUCAGUCUUUUGCAAAAUUGCUAAUAGCUUUAUUGGUUAGAUUGGCUGCUUUUAUUCGUACUGUUCGAUUGGAAUCAUGGAGAAGACCAAACAAUAUACAUCCUUCAAAUGUGAUUGGAUCCAGCACGAAUAGCCAUUCAAAUGUAACAGUGCCAGAAGCUGUUAAUGAAGAGGACCAUGUCCGUCCCUGUAUAGAGCGUCUCCAGAAACUAGAGAAAGCAUUUGAGGAACUCUGCAACAAGCCUGCUGGAAUUCCAUUAGAAAAGGAGAAAAUGUUGAUGGAAUCUCUGGACCGAAUCAAAUGUGUUGAGUAUGAUCUCGACAAAACUAAGCGAGUUUUACAUGGUACAGUAAUGCGGCAAAUUGAGAUUUCAGAGUUUCUGGAUAAUAUACGGGCAUCUGAAUAUCAUCGACGAAGAUUGUUUUGUUGAAUUUUUGGAGAUAUUGACCGAUAUUGUUGGAAGGAGGCUCUAGGAGUAGAAGGUUGACGCUGACAAAAGUUCAUCAUCCGGGGCCAGCUUUGCUCGUGGCACCACGCAGUUGAUGAUGAAGCAUAGGGGAUGGACCUUUUUUUUUCCUUUUUAGCUUCUUCAUCUCCUUUUAAUCACCUACAGUACCAUGACUGAAGUUACAGUUGAGGUGUACGGAUUUUUCCAAAGCACACAGCUUUUGAACUGUGUAUGUAGAGAGAAAAUACAUCUAUAUGUAUGUAUCAGUGAAAGAUUUUCUUGCAAAUUACAUUCCUUUUCAAUUUUCCUUGUAUUGUAAUGAAUGUUACCAUGUCCUGCUUUAACUGUACACACUAAGCUUGUAAAACGAAAUUUUGAAGUCCAUCUUCCAGUGAGACGGCCACCAUUAAUACUUAAGUCCAAGGGAACAUAUAA